AACUUGAAAGUGAAAGCUUCUGAUGUUGAAUAACAAGUCCAAGGGAUAUACAAGGGCUUAGCGGGACUCACAGCGGAACAUUUUAUCCCGCGAACGCGGUCCCGGCACAGCAUUCAAGGGAGAGCACACCUGCCUCCGGUGGUCAUAUCAUCGUCCCACAGGUGAGUGUGAAGAAGUAGGAUUACUGUACAAGACAGUGAAGAUAGAGAGCAACACGAUGACAACCCAACAGCAGGAGGAAGAAAAGCGAUAUGACCCCGGAGACACCACGCUCAAGUUCGUCAACCGACAGGACGAUUUAGAUCCCCUAGAUGAUGACACUGAGACUCUGAAGGCAGAGAUGUCUUGUGGUCAUGCGGUAACCCCAGAGUCGCUGACCGGAUGGUGUCGCAGCCUACUGGACCAGAAUCAGUUCAAGUUUUUGUGCCCUGCACAUGAGGAUGGCACCUUUGUGAAGUGUGGUGCUGAGUGGUCUUACCAGGAGGUACGUAGGCUGGCUGUUCUGACCACUGAGGAGAUGGAGCACUUUGAGAAGACCAUGGCAGCUUUGGCUGCUGCCACAUACUGUGAAUACAAAUCAUGCCCUGUCUGCGAAACCUUCGUAGAGAGAGGGGACCUCACCAACCUCAGUGUCCUCUGCACAGUGUGCACUGCAGACAAAGGUCAGAGGUAUGAGUUCUGCUGGCAGUGCCUGAAGCAGUGGAAAGGUCCCGCGCCACGCUCUGACCGCUGUGACAACGAUGGCUGUGUCAACCAGGACCUGGAACUGCUGAAGAACUGCGAAACCACGUCUCUCCCUCAGGUGGCAGGAGUCACCAACUGCCCCUCCAUUCGCGCCUGUCCCACCUGUGGCCAACGGGUGGAACACGACAAGACUGGUUGUAAGAAUAUUCUCUGUCCAAGGUGCAAUAAAGAGUUCUGCUUUGUGUGUCUUAAGCUCACGGAGGAGUGCUUGCAGACCAGCUCAUAUUUCACAGCCUGCUCUGCUGGAGUGGCUCCUCGGCAGACCUCUAUACCCACCUGGAAUAGAAACUGAAAAAUAAGAUACCUCUUAUUCACUGCAUACUGUAAACUCUGCUUACAUUGUCUCCAACAGAACACGUAGGUAGAAAUGUUGCUCCACAUAAACAUUUCUUCUCCAUAUAUUGUACAAUGAGAGUUUGUGUGCAGUGCUUCAUGUGAAGCAUAAUGUUUUCUUUUACCAUCUUAUAUUAAAAUCUUAGAUAUUAUACAAAGCAAGUUUCAUAGUGUGUAGACUCAGUCAUUUAUGUUAAUUAUGAUUUCUAUAUCAUCUUAUCAUUAUUAUCAUGUUGCUUAUGUGCAUCAUCAUGUAAUCUAAUAAACUACUGACAA